UAUCAACGGCUGGCAGCAACCUAGGGAUUUGGGUGUCCGUGAUUGUGUGUCUGUGCGUCCUCGGAGCGAUUGGAGAGGAGAGGCGCUAGGCUAGCUAGAUCGUCGAUCGGGAGCUCAGAUCGGGGUCACUUAUCGCGAAUUCCACGCGGCAUCGGAUGUAAGCCGGCCGCAUUGGUGCUCCGCGCGGUCAAAUUCCCGCAGCGCUCAUCCGCCCGCCUUGGAAUCCGUCAAGAUCGAUCCGCGAUCUCCCGCUUGGGCAGCGGCCGUGGCUGUGAGCGCCGUUGCCGCGGUUCCAGUGGCGCCCUCACUGCCGAUUAGCAUCGGGCAAGGCCGGAAGUGCAAAUUCAGGAAGGGGUGCGUGGAAUCGUUCCUAUCGGGCAGGAAGCAGCAGGGAUGCAACAAUGUAGCAGGGCCUCUCGCCAAGGACAAGUAGCGAUUCUCUCGUCUCGAUAUUCUCCACAGUAGGGAGAGGAAGCACAAGGAAAAGGGGAAGAACAACAAAGGGCGGGCACGACGGGGGCCAAGCACUCUCUUGCUGGUGGUGGCGGGCAAUUGACAAACCAUGGAGGAUUCCUCAAAGGAAGGCUUAUCGAAUUCAUUGCCGGGUCGCACUAUCUCCGGAGCCUCGUCUCCAAGGAGCGCCGCCGCCUUGUUCUCGGGGGCUAUAACUUGGAUAUGUCCUACAUCACGGACAGACUCGUGGCCAUGUCCUUCCCCGCCGAGGACAUGACCGCCAUGUAUCGGAAUCCUAUGUGGCAAGUCCAGCGAGCGCUCGACCUCAAGCACGGAUCUUACUACAAAGUUUACAAUCUCUGCGUGGAAUGCAGCUAUGAUCCCGGCAGCUUCCAUGGCCGAGUCGAGACGUUUCCCUUCGACGAUAUGCACGUACCGCCACUGUCGCUCAUCCAGCUCUUCUGCGAGAGCGUGGAGGACUGGCUUCUACAGGACCCUCGGAACGUGGCGGUGAUCCACUGCAAAGCUGGGAAAGGCCGGACGGGCUUGAUGGUUUGCGCGUAUCUCGUGUACAAAGGAAUGCCAGCCGAGGAAGCUUUGCAGUUGUAUGGGAGUCGUCGCACAUAUAAUAACCAAGGAGUGACGAUCCCGAGCCAGCGAAGGUAUGUUCGCUACUGGAGUAAAAUCCUUGUCUUUCCGAGCGAUGGAGGUGUCCCGGACGUUCGCAUUCCACCUCCAAAGCCCCGAGAACUGCGAAGGAUUCGUCUGUAUGAUACAAAUUCGACGGAUGCUGUGAAGUUUUCGAUCAAGGAAAUCCAAGAGGAGCCAGGAGAGCUCUACAAGUCUCCCGUGGAGAUUGCGUCGGGGCAGUGCGAGCCAUUGAAGAAAGGAUUUGUUCGCACAGUAAGUCCACGCUACUACUUAUCCUUCCUCCCAAAGGAAGGCGAUGAGAAGAGCAAGGAGAAUCAACCGCGCUUCGUCGUCCAGAUGGACACGGAGAGGCCGAACCUCUUGAAGAAGGACUGCCUCGACCAUUACUUCGACAAGCCUAUAUGCGUAUCAGGCGAUGUGAGGGCGAUUUUCUACAACAAAAACGGUGGAAGGCUCUUCUACUUUUGCUUCAACACUUACUUUAUAUCGGGUAGCAUGAUGCAGCUGGGCAAAGGCGAUCUCGACAAGGUGACUAGGAACGGACGAUCGAUAAUCGGCCAAAACUUUUGCGUGGAGCUGAUCUUUGGGCCAGCUCGAGCAUGCAAUGCCACUCAGAAUAAUCACCACUUGGACUGCUACACUCUGUGACACAAGCAAAGCUUUCGUGGGCCUCUUUUUAUCGGUGUCUCCUUUCUUUCACAGUGGAAGAAAAUCUCUUCCAACCUUUGUAGAUGCUUACUUAGUACAUAAAUGAGAAGGAGACUCUUUUGGAUUGA